GAGAGAGAGAGAGCUGUGGAGAGAGAAAGAGGAGGGAAAGGGGGACGCUUUGUUACCUUUUUUAUGUUGCACGCAUCCAUGGCAGAGGAGCAGAAGGGGAGGGUACUGUGUACGCAGGAGAGGAGGAGGAGAAGGGGGAGAAGAUAACAGGAGAGCAGAAAAGGCGGAAACCCAGUAGAGAAGGAAAAGGAGUGACGGCCGAGGGCCUAGAGGGAUAGGAAUAGAGAGAGAGAGAGGAGGGGUCUGAUUUUACCGCCUUCUGUUCCGUCUGUAAAAGAGAGAAAAGAAUGAGUUCUAUGAAAGCACGCAGCCUCCCUGCGCUUCCUCUUUACUCCCUGUAAUCUCGCGCUCUGUCUCUCGUUCUACUUGUGUUCCGUACUCUCUCUUUCUGAUAUGAAGGAGAAACGCUACCUCCCUAAAAGCAUUCACUGGCUUAGAGUGGUGGUGCGCACUCUGAAACUAUUCCCUUAGCAAUCUUGGUAAGUGAAAAAAAAAAAAAAAGUCCUCGUUUUUCUGUAUUUUCUGGUGGUCUUUCUUCAUCGUGGGUACUCGGUUUUCUGGGACCCGAUGAAGGGGAUGCCCUUCAAUUUUGGGGGGAAGGGCGUUUCAGUACCGGUGCCGGAGUUUGGCGAGGGAAAGUGGAAGAAGGUAAACAACGAGCCCACCUCUGUGCUGGACACGCAUAGGAGUCCGAGCCCCACCUCGACGUCCACCCUGUCUUCUUCCUUUGGUGGUGGUGGUGGUGGUAGCUCCACCGAUACUGCUGGGGGGGUGGCGGCCAUCUCUGGCCAUCAGCCGCAGAAAUGGGCGGCUGCCGGCGAGCCGACCAAAGACGAGUGGCCUGUUGAGCUCGUGGGGUCUGGAAAAUGUGGGGUUGCUAUGGAUGAAUGGGAUAAUAUGAUGAUUGAAACUGUGGGAGCGCCUGAGCCGCAGGACAACUCUCUCUUCAGGUGGAUGGUGGGGGAGAUGGAGGAUCCCUUGAGGAUCCCGCAAGGUGGUGGGAGCGCGAAUCAAGUUAAUGGCGUCGGCGGCGGUAGUUGUGGAGGAGGAGGAGGCGGUUGUGGUGGUACUGUUUCGUUUGAUGGUCCAGUUGAGCCUGGGUUCUCGGUUGACUCUACCACUUACGGCUUUGGUGCAAGCUUCAUCGAUCCCUCCUGUAAUGGAGUGGUUUUUCCUGUGAACUCCUUGCUUGGUGGUUUCUCCUCUGCUUCUAAAUUCGGUGCCUGCUCUGGUGGAGGUGCUGCCACCAGUGUUGGUGCUGGUAAUGUCUCUCUGUUCGCGCCGUCGACAAAUCUUUCGCUCCCUUUGGUCGACCUACCGGGAAUUUUCUGCCAGCAGCAGCCGGAGCCACCUCUGUUGGAGGAGAAACCUCAUAUUCACCCAUUCAUAAAUUCGGCGGCGUCAAAUUUGGGAUUCUACCUACAGGAAGUUCCGGUCAUUCCUCCAGCAAAACGCCACCAGUCGGCGGGGCUUGACCAGGAAUGGGCGCCACCUCCCCCUAGCCAGGCUCUGCCCUUCCCUCCCCUUGUAAAGCAGGAGAUGCAAAUUCCACAUCCGAACAAGGUGCCCUUCUCCGACUCUGGGCAGGAAUUGUUCCUGAGGCCACACAAACUGAAGCAGCAGCAGCAGCCUAUGUCUUUGCUGCAGCAGCAUCAGCAGCAGAGGCCGAGAUCGAUGCCUGAUUCUGUUUACGGUCCGGGCUCGGACGACGCAGCGCAGCUAUUCAUUGUGGAUCAGCUCCACCGGGCAGCCGAGCUCGCCGAAACCGGAAAUUCUGUUCACGCCAGGGCGAUAUUGGCGCGGCUCAAUCACCACCUGUCCUCACCUGUUGGGAAGCCCCCGCAUAGGGCUGCUUUCUAUUUCAAGGAGGCUCUCUUCCACGUCCUGGGCACCCGGAAUGGUGCCCCUCCUGUGCAGGGCGUCAAUCCGGCCAUUGCACCUCCAGUCUAUUCUCCCUCCGACGUCGUUCUCAGGAUAGGUGCGUACAAGGCCUUCUGUGAGAUCUCCCCAUUAGUGCAAUUCGCUAGCUUGACGUGCAACCAGGCUCUGCUGGAGAUCCUCAACGGCCCUAGCGCGAUUCACAUCCUCGAUUUUGAUAUCGGGAUCGGCGGGCACUGGGCUUCUUUCAUGCAGGAGAUUGCGCCAAAGGUUGAUGGUACUCACUCCCUUAAGAUCACUGCAUUCAUCUCACCGUCUUCGCAUAAUGAGCUGGAGCUCGCGCUUACCAAAGAGAACCUCUCGAACUUUGCUCGCUUGCUUAAUAUACCCUUUGAAUUCAACGCUGUCAUUCUCGAUUCGUUCGAUCCUUCUGUCUGCAAUUUGCGCAGUCCAAAUCAGGUUCUUGUUGCCAAUCUCCCCGUCUCGUCUCAUCGAUUCUUUUCUUCGAGUUCGCUACCUUCACUCCUCCAAUUCGUCAGGCAGCUUUCACCAAAAUUGGUUGUCUCCUCUGACAAUGCUUGUGAUCGGACAGACCUCCCGUUCUCGCAGCAUUUCCUAAAUGGUUUGCAGUUCUACUCAUUUCUUUUUGACUCCCUCGAUGCCAUGAAUGUCAAUCCGAAUACUCUCCGCAAGGUCGAAGGUCUGCUUCUUAAGCCAAAGAUUGAGAGCCUCGUGGCUAGCUGGUAUCAUGCGGCGGAGAAGCUCCCGCCUUGGAGGAAUCUGUUCAUUUCAGCUGGCUUCACGCCUGUGGCUCUCAGCAACUACACACAGAUACAGGCUGAAUGCCUCAUUAAGCGGCUCAAUUUACGGGGUUUCCACGUCGAGAAGCACCAAGCUUCACUUCUUCUCCUUUGGCAGCGCCGGGAGCUCGCCACUGCUUCAGUUUGGACGUGCUGAUGGGGUGCUAACGCCUGCACCUUUGGCAAGCAUGUAAGACCAUACUUAUAUGCUGAAUUCCUUUUGUUAUAAGUGAUACAGUAGGUAUGAAAACUUGCUGUUUUUGUCAUCACUUCGGGGUUUAGCCUUCUACUUUAUCCUCUUUUACUUCCCGUUGGCAGUAUACUUAAUGUCAUUUUGACUAUUUGAUUCCAGCUUCACACUCUGAGAAACUUGGAAGAUAUUUUCUUUGUUUCCUUUUGUCAUGAACCAGGAGGAUAUGCUAACGGGUUUAUGUCGUGCGUAUAUAACAUCUUUGGGAAGUCACUGGCGCUAGUGUAUAUGUUACAAGCAACAACUUUAGUAGGUGUUGAUUGUACACAUGGAGAGGGCCCAACAUCUGUUUGCCCGUCUGACGAACUAGUGUUAUAAUCAAAACUGUUGCUGUAAAUUAUUCUUACACUUAUAAAUGGCAAAAUUCUAGCAAAUUUCUGCA